AUGACGGCGCCUGUCACGAAGAAGCUGAAGAUGGAGCACGAGUCGAUUGACUCCAGUGCAGAGGUCAAUGCCAUCGAUAUGACCAAGGGUGGAACCGACAGUAAUGACGAUGAAGACGUCACUGGCACGUCAGCAAUCGCUCAAUUCCAGAGUGAAGACGGCAAUAAUGUGGGCCCGCAAGUGGAGAUUCCCAUGUCCUCCAAUGCUCGACAGAUGGAGGAGCUGGUCAACGAACUGCUGCAAAAUGGCAAAAAUCGCGUACCCUAUUCGCUCUUUAUCGGCGAGACGGAGAUCACAACGUCGCUUCAAGAUACAGUUAAAGAGCUGCAAUUGUCGGUGGAAACAGCGUUGACAAUCACAUUCCAGCCGCUGGCAGUUUUCCAAGUGCGUCCUGUUACCCGGUGCAGCGACACAUUACAGGGACAUGCUGAGGCUGUUUUACAUGUGAGUUUCAGUCCGGAUGGAAAGCGACUGGCAAGUGGAGGAGGCGACGCGACGGUGCGCUUCUGGGACACGAACACGUGCAUGCCAAAGCACACGGGUCGUGGACACAAGAACCACGUGCUAUGUACAGCGUGGUCGCCCGAUGGAGCACGCUUUGCGUCGGCAGAUCGGAACGGAGAGAUUCGGCUGUGGGACCCACUUACGGGUAAGCAGAUUGGCCAGCCCAUGAAGGGCCACAAGCAGUGGGUCAACUCGUUGACUUGGGAACCCAUGCAUCGCAACAGUACAUGCGAGCGUUUUGCUAGUUCGUCGAAAGACGGGUCGAUCAAGGUGUGGAAUGCUCGCACAGGACGUGCCAUUGCUUCGCUGUCGGGGCAUACGGAUUCGGUGGAGUGCAUUAAGUGGGGAGGGGAAGGCUUGAUGUACAGUGCGUCUCGUGACCGUACAAUAAAGGUCUGGGCGAUGGAAGGUGAUCAUGUCGGCAAGCUCGUGCGUACACUUGUUGGACACGGUCACCGCAUUAACACGCUGGCCCUGAAUGUCGACUACGUGUGCCGUUCGGGACCGUUUGGCUACAAGACUAACAGCUUUGCAUCGCGCGAAGAGAUGCAGCAAGCGGCGCUGAAGCGAUACGAGGAGGUGCGCAAUGGUCAGACGGAACGUUUGGUGUCCGGCUCGGAUGAUUUCACGCUGUUUUUCUGGGAACCUUCGGAGAGUAAAAAGCCGUUGGCUCGUCUUACGGGUCACCAGCAGCCGGUGAACCACUUGAGCUUUUCGCCGGACGGGCGAUAUUUCGCCAGCGCGAGUUUUGACAAGAAGGUUAAGAUAUGGAACGGCCAUACGGGGAAGUUCAUUGCCACUCUUACUGGCCACGUCGGUGCAGUGUACCAGGUGUGCUGGUCCAGCGAUACGCGACUGAUCGUGACAGCAAGUAAGGACUCGACCGUGAAGGUGUGGGAGCUGGGCAAUCUGAAAAAUGCCAAGUCGACGCUUUCAGGUCACGCUGAUGAAGUGUACGCUUUGGAUUGGAGCCCUAACGGUGACAUGGUGGCGUCGGGCAGUAAGGACCGCACGAUAAAGAUCUGGAAGCAUUAA